AGGGUCGAUGACAAUUUCUGUAGCAAUUUCCAGCUUUUUUUUAAUUACUUAAAUUUUUCAUAUUUAAGACGACAUUUGUAUUAUCGAAAAUUCCUUACUUUAGGUUUCUAUCCAAUCAAUCUAUAGAUUUAAAAAUUUGGUUUCAGAAAUUAAUAUUUGCAUUUUAACGAACUUCCGAGGGAGAGUAAAAUAGCCACUAAAAUCAGCUGUCAUCAAAAUCAAAAACAUAACCUAUAUUAAAAAUAUAUAUAAAAAGUUCCAAAACCUAUGAAAUAAUGAAUUUAUCAUCAAUUAAAAACGUAAGCAACAUUUUAAAGCUACAAACCCUUGUUUCCCGGUGUAUCCACACCACCGCAGUUCGUGACAAAAAUCAAGCUGGAAGAUACAGAAUUACUCCGAGGAAAAAUUUUCCUCUUACAUAUGAGAUGGCCAACCCUCCUCAUGAAAUAGCCCACAAGAAAUCUUGGAAUUCAUGGAAUACGUCCAAUCUGCUGGGAGGACAGAGGCAAUCAGAAACAGCUGUGGAGGACCAAUUCAUACGAAAAUUUAUGCAUGGUACUUGGCAUGCCUUAUUUCUAAGUGAAGUGAUUAUUAAAAGACAACAUAAUUUGAUAAGAAUCGCUGGAAUUAUACACAGAGGUAUAAUGCCUAGAAAAAUGUAUUUUCUCAUAGGAUAUACUGAAGAGUUUCUCAGCUUUUGGCUUCAGUGUCCCAUAAAACUGGAAUUGCAAACAACAGCCAAUAGAAAAGAUGUAAUAUUUAAAUAUAUUUAGAGUACUCGUAAGCACUAUGAUAUCAAUAAACUGUUGUGUUUUAAAAGAA